AUGAUGAUAUGCAGUAGUUGUGGAAAAGAAAAGAAAACGGCUAGUCAGAUGAAGACUUGUCGAAAAUGUCGUCACAGAAAGCGGAAACAAAAGAAAAUUACCAAGGAAUUGAAUAAUAACAAAGAAUUGAAAGGAGCGUUUCAAAUACUUUCUCCAGAGAUUGAGCAACCAGCUUUAUUGCCAGAUCAAAAUUUUGAAGUACGGCAUCAUAUUGAUGAUAAUAUAAGUGACAAUAGUCGAGAUAAAGAAGGCGAUAAUAGUAGAAUUGAGAAUUUAGUAUCUGAAAGAACAGUAGGUUGGAAUUUUAGAGCGAAGAACGAGAAUAUGCUUAUGGACUCCCAGGCUACCAUAGCUGCAGACUCAUCUUCGAAUGACUCUUCUAAUGAAUAUGACGUUGAAUCUGAAAAUUUUAAGACCGAGGUAUUAGCACACAUUUCUGCAGAUAAUAAUAUGUAUAACAAUAUGAUAGAUAUUGAUAGCCAGCCUAACAUUGCAAACGUAAAUGAAGUGGGAAAUGAAAGCGACAACAACAUAGAAAUGGAGGAAAUGCAAGAAUAUGAAGAAAUGCAAGAAAAUGAAAAUGAAAAUAACCUGGAUUACGAAAAUAUACAAACAGCCGAGGAGCCUGAUAAAGCCGUAAAGGAAUUAGUCAAUAGAAAUAGAAGAAAUUCUAUAUCACCACCUCCAAGGACAGAAACGGGGACAUACACAGAACACCUAUCUCCUGAGGAUGAAGAAAAGGCAAUAGAAGAAUUACUAGCCGUUAAUGGUUACCGCUUUGAUAACUGGGCUAAAAUUGUAGUUAAAUCCAAUACAGGAUCUAUACUCGAUAUUCAUAGAUCAAAUAAGUGGUAUAUAGAAUUGAAUUCGACCACAAGGGUAUUGAAGAAUGAAUCCACUAGACUCAGGAUACUGAAAAUUAUUGGUGAUAAGAAUUACACUGGAGUUCGUAGUGGUUUCUUGACAAGACCAAUUCAACAUGCAACGCUUUACACCCUCAAACAUUGUCCAGAUUGUUCGAUGCUUUCAAAACGAUUGCAUCAUGUUAAACAUUUUAAGCCAUCCACAAAGGAAGUAUGCAGUAACAGAUGUCAUUUCGUAACUGUCCAAGGCCAUAAGAUUAGUCUGUCAUAUAUCAAAAUAAUCAGUUCUCAUGAAUUUCCAGACAUACCUAGUUCAAUUGUUAACAAAUUAAAUAAACCCCAGCUAACAAGGGAAUUGACUGAAUAUAUUCUAGGGGGGAAUAAGUAUUUGGAAGAUGUUAAUUUUAAAGAAAAUAUACUUGAUAAGUAUCGAAAGGAUUUCGGAUCACUAUUAUUACAGUUAUCUCAAGAGUCAGAAACGGUUCACGAAUUAAGACAGGCUUUGGUGGAUCGGAUGGGAAAAAUUAGUGAAUUUGCUAAAAAAGACCACCAGGUUGGUCACAGUUUAUUUAGAAAAUUCCGUAAUGUUCGGCAACAAACGGUUACAAUGUAUACAAAUAUAGUAUUUAAAAUCUUGUAUACAAUGUUCAAACUACAAGAACUAGGUUAUUUCAAAUUACAAAACAUUGAUGAAAACAUUGAGUCUAUUGAUAGCAUUGAAGUGAUAACAAACUACGUUGAUAAUCACUUAAUCUUCACCAAAAUAAAUCCCGUUGGAUUUAAAUUUGUUAGUUCACCAUUUAUAGUUGCAUUGUGGAUUAAUCACCUCGAACCAGUGAAUUUUAGUUUACGUGAUGAAAGUGGCAUUCAGCAUUUAUUUGAUGCAACACAAUUUGUAAUGAAAUUAGAAUUAAUUAAUUACUGUCACGAAAAUCAAAAGAAUUUAGAAAAAGAAUACAAGGCCCGCUUCAAAGCUAGUGAAGAUUACACCACUGUUUAUAAACUUCUAAAAAUCAUGAAAUGCAAACUCUUUGAAUUUAGAACAAUUGCUUCUAAUUACUAUGAUGUAUUCUUCACAAGAAAAUACUCUACCAUGUUAUACCGAGACACUGAAAUUCAUUUAUCAGAUAUACCGGAAUUUGUUAUUUUUCUUGUGAGAAGAUUCUGUAAUACAUUAACACCAAUAUUAUCACCAGGGUUCAACUUGCUAGAUUUUAUUGAGGAAAACUACGAUCUGGAAUUUUAUUCAGCAACAUCGUGUUUUAUGCCUCUCCACGCCUACAGAACACAGCUUCCGUUUGUUAAUUUUGAUUCACCUGAUAAUUUGAAAAAAGCUCUUUGUUUCAAUUUUUUUAAACUAAAUAAAAUCAUCAUUUUAAUGAUGUACUUCACAGGAGGUCUUCCAUUCAGAAUGACCGAGGUUCUCGUGUUACAAUUCAAUGACGUAAAGAGAAAUAUAUUUUUCCGCGGAGGGAAAAUGUUGUGCACAUAUACCUAUAACAAAACAGAUAAUGUUAGCAACAAGAGUAAACUAAUAUCAAGAGGAUAUCCCAUUAUUGUCUCUAAGGUUGUCUUCUUCUACAUUAAUUAUAUUAGAUAUUAUGAGCUCAAAGUAAUGGAACAAUUGAAGCAAAUAGACAGAAAUAAAGAAAAAUGGGAGAAGUUACAAGAAAGAUGCACUAGAUACUUAUUUGUUGAUAUUGGAAGCGGGAUCGUUCAACAAGAAGAUAUGUAUGCUCUUUUCAUGUCAAUGAGUACGAUAUUCUUCAAGAAAAGGUUGGGAAUAAGAGAUUGGAGGCAGAUCAUGGUGCAGUUUGUUAAGAAGAAUGUGUCAAGCACCAGUAAAUUAAGUUCGACAUUUAUCUAUAAAUUCUUAGAAAUGCAAGCAGGGCAUGGACCUGUAGUUGCACUCAAUAGUUAUGAGAAGACCAACAGCAGAGAAUAUGACAACAGUAUUGUUGAGGCACAACAAAUGAUGUCCGAGCGGUGGCACGACAUUAUUAAUCUUCCUUCCUCCAUCAGAGAAAUAGAAGAUUUUGAACCCAAAGUCCAGUUUGAGCCGAAGGAGAUCUUUUAA